AUGUCGCACGGAAAGCAUUUCACGCUUUACACGAACGAGCUGAAGGUUGCUGUCGUGCUGGAGGCAUUCGGUCUGACUUACGAAACCGUCACCCUCGAUUUCAGUAAACAAGAGCAGAAGUCUCCACAGUAUACCAGGUACAACCCAAAUGGCCGCAUUCCGACUCUGAUUGACCACAAGAACGGCGAUUUUGUGGUGUGGGAAUCAAAUGCCAUUCUUGUAUAUCUCGCGGACAACUACGACACCGAUCACAAGUUCUCCGUUGUCGAGCCUGAUGAGAAGAUCACUCAAUUGCAAUGGCUCUUCUUCCAGGCCUCGGUCAAGGGUAAGCAUCCCUACUAUGGCCAAGGUGGUUGGUUCCGCCGGAGCCACCCUGAGAAGGUCCCGAGCGCUCUCGAAAGAUACCAGAAAGAGGCGCUUCGUAUUCUCAGCAUGCUCGAGAGCGUACUAUCGAAGCAAGAGUGGCUCGUUAGGAACAAGUGUACCAUUGCGGACCUGUCUUUUGUUGCAUGGAAUAUCGCCGGAUUUGCACUGCUGAUACAUGACUACAAAGAAUUCAAUCUUGAGAAGGACUUCCCUGCAGUACAUAGAUGGCACACUGCUAUGUUAACGAUGGAACCAGUCCGCGAAGCUCAUGCUAAGUACCACGCCAUUAUUGCACGAGCUGCAGAUGGUGAGUACAAGUGUCCUUCCCGGCGUCUUGCAUAG